AGGUAUUUUGUGGGCUUAGUGUUGCUCUGAUCCCUGGGGACAGCCUUUGGACAGCCAACUGUCUUGCAGCAUGGAUAUGAGUAUGACUGUGGAGACUAUGGGAUGCAGCUGCUGGUCUUUCCCAGCCAGAGCCACACCAUCCACUUCAAAGUUGUGGACGAGUUUGGGACUCGCUUUGAAGUUACAAACUGCUCCAUCUGCCUCCACUGGAUCAUGUCUGGUGAGAAAGGGGAAGUGAUCUUCUCCGCUGGCUAUAACGGCUGUCAUGUGCUCAGGCAGGAUGGCUGUAACCACCUGAGGGUCCGAGUGGAGGAACUACUAAGCACCGGGGCCAUUGCUGCUACCCAUGAUGUAAACAUGUCCUGCCCCAAGCCCACUGAACAUGACUUAACCCCAGCCGCGGCUGGGCCCGGUGCCCCACAUCUCUCCUCCACCAAGCAACAUAGGUGCCCAUCUCACAGAGGAGCAGUGCCGUGUGGUGGCUGGGAAGAUUCCCUGUGCAGAUGCCCCAGGCCAAGCUGCUUGCUUCCAGGCUGGCUGCUGUUAUGAUGAGACUGACCUCACUACCCCCUGCUACUAUGGCAACACAGUCACUGUUCAGUGCCUCCUGGACGGUCACUUUGUUCUGGUGGUCUCCAGGGACGUGUCUGAUCACCCCAUCAUCCUGGAGAGUGUCCGGCUAGCCUAUGCCCAGGCAGGGUGUGACCCCAUCAGGAUGACUGAGGCUUUUGUGAUCUUCCGCUUCCCCCUCAUGCAGUGCGGCACCACAGUCCAGGUGAUCCAUGACAAACUGAUCUAUGAGAACCAGCUGAUCUCUGGCAUCGACAUCCGGACUGGGCCAGACGGCUCCAUCACCCGGGACAGCACCUUCAUGUAAGUUGGCCUGCUCUAU